GGAUGGAGAAAGACCAGGCAUGCUCUUGUUUAUGCUUCGCCGACUCACUGAGAUGAUCGCAUACUUGGCUCUGCUACCGAGCCGAAUUCAUCUCACCAGUUACAUCUGGUUACUGUACCUUGGUGAUGGUUUGCGUCCAAAUAUUCCGCAUUCAAGUAUUGUAGGAUAUCGCUUGAGUUCGCUUCCAUCCUCACCCAGUUUCUCUCCUCACUACGUGACUUAUACGCAACAACUAUGAGCUCUCACAUCAUUGCUAUCCCGUUCAGCGCAUGGGGACACACUCGUCCCGCUAUCGCUUUCCUCGUUCAGCUACUCAAGCUUUACCCCGAUCUUUCCACCACACUCAUCACUGCAAAGAGUAUCGAAGAAAAUUGUCGUGCGGAAGUCAUCUUUCAGCUCACGAGCGCAGGUCUCAAAGAUGACCCGCGAAUGAAGAUUGUCUCGCUCGAAGCGAACUACUUCAUGGGCCCAGACGGCUACCUCGAACCCAUGAAAGAUGCCUACGCCAAAAUUGUGAAAGACUACCCAGCGCAAGCAGUCAUCGUCGAUCUUGGUUUUGUUCCCUUCAUUGAACACAUCCGGCCUCUCUCCCCCGCGGAGACCACAGUCAAAAUUGCGGCAUGGUGGCCUAUAAUGGUGUCGAUGUUUCAUACGCCACCUCUUUGCACUUUCAACGACGCCACAAUCGGUGCAUUCAUGAUGAAGCUAGGAGGGUGCAUGGCUAGCGGAGACGAUUACCUGACGGCAUCCGGAAAGUGCUGGGCCGAUGAAAUUGUCGGAAAGAAGAUCAACAUACCUGGGCUCCCGGAGAUGAGUGACUACGAAUGCUAUGUUCAGGAGCCUCCAUUUACCCUUCCGUCUUUCGUUUUGACGGAUUGGAUGAAGGGGCUGCAGCAGUCAGACGUGCUACUGACUUCUUCGUCUCAUUGUCUUGAGCGCGAAGGUAUCGCGACUAUCGCCAAGGUCCUCAAGGCUGGAAGAGCCGUCGAACGGGUCUUCGCUGUCGGUCCCCUCCUUCCUGCCGAAAGCAAGAAGGUGCUCGACUUGGAGAGGACUGGUUCGAAGGCUGGCGAUUUGAAUGUAUUUCUGGAUCGCAUUGUUCAAGAAAAAGGCCCCAAAUCUGUCCUUUAUAUAUCAUUUGGCUCUAUGUUCUACCCCGCACAACCAGAGAUGGUGUUCACCGUCCUGCGCGUCCUCCUCGGCCUCAAUAUCCCCUUCGUCCUGGUUCAUCGUGCCGAAUCCCCUCCACUCCCUACUGCACUUCGUGAAUCUAUCGAGGCCUCGCCGCUCGUAUUUUUGACGCAAUGGGGGCCUCAACAAUACAUACUUUCCCACCCCGCGACCGGUUGGUUCCUUUCUCACUGUGGACUCAACUCCGUUCAGGAGUCUCUCGCAUCCGGAAUCCCACUCAUCUGUUGGCCCCUCUUCGCCGAUCAGCCUCUGCUGUCAAUCAUGGUAUCGCAGGUGCUCAAUUGCGGUUUUGAGCUCAGCGAGGUCAGGCAAGGAUUUGGGCUUAAGUAUAGGCAGAGCACAGGGAAGACCCCGACAGGGACAUUGGAGGCCGUUGCGGAGGAGGCCAGGGAGGUGUUAAAAGCGGCUUUCUUUGACCAGGAGAAGAGGGCGGUCAAGGAAGAGGGGGCUAGGAAGAUGCAGAAGCUGCUCAACGACGCCUGGAAGAAGAGUGGGGAAGCGAAGAAAGAUACGGAGGCCUUUGUACAGUUCAUUCUUGCAUGAUGUUUCGAACAAGACUGCUUCACCAAAGAAAUAAUGCAAUAUGUUGGUCUGUAUGCUACUGUGAUAUGCCUGGAAUUCAUAUGCCUUGUGAUACG